UUAUUUUUAUAGAUAUUUGAUAAGUUUGAUGUCAUCAUAAUAUCGUAUUCUCUGAAGUGUGUGCCAUUCAAAUUGAGUAUUGUUGUUUGAGACCUUUGGUACGUAUUUAUUUUAUAAAAAUGAGAGCAAAAUUGUGUACCUGAUGUUAUAUGCAGCUAUGUUUAAUAUAGUCCUAAUAUCUUCAACUCGGCAACAUGGCUAUGAUCAAGGUCUGGCACAUGGUCAGCUCCUUCAAGGUCCUAUACAAUAUAGUCCUGACAACAUUGAAAUAUUAAAUGUCAAGCAACCUAUUUAAUGCAGGUUUUAUGGGCUAAGUGAGAUAAGGAAGAAUGAUGAAGGUAAGUUCUCUUUGUAACGAGUUCAAUCAGUGCAUUCACAAUUGAGCCAAGUUUGUCCAGUUAGCCUUCUUAUCUGCUUGUUGUGCACUACAAUCUGUUCUGUUCUGUGAACUCGAUGUUAUCUGGUCAUCUGAUGCUACCUAUCCUGAUUAUUUUGGAAGUGCAUAGGAGUUUUUCUCUCGAGUUUGGUAUGGAGCCAUGGAUAGAGAAUUCUCAAAUAAUUUUGAGCCAUGGAUAGAGAAUUCUCCGAGACGCUAGACACGCCACCGCAUCGUCUGCGCCGCGAGAUCGAGAAUGUCCAUCUCUAUGCGGCUCGCGAUCCCUGCUCCUGCCGUCACCGACGCCGCGCCGACACGGCUGAGGGUGCGAGUGGCAGCGACGGGGAACGACGGCUCUCUCCCCGUCGCGCGCGCCGCCGUGCAGGCGGAGACGGGCGCGCUCAGGGGAUGCGCCUCGCUGCCAUCGAAGCCGCUGGGAGCGGCCCAGCCGUGCCGGAGCAGGGGCGCCGUCGUGUGUCACUCGUCGGCGCACCUCAGCGUGCGCACCAUCCAGUGGAUCUCCGCCAGAACCAUCGCAGUGCUAUUAGUUGCUAAAGGCACUGCCAUACACAAAUCUUUCCUUGUGCCAUUUUUUGCUCUUCAGACACCUUGCUGCAUAAUCUCAUGGAUCAAGGGUGACUAUGGUCAGUGGACUGCUUUUCUUUCUCUGUUGGUGCGUCUAUUCUUCUUCAUUCCAGGUGAACUGGAGCUUCCACUGUCAACAAUGCUGCUUGUGAGUGUUGCUCCUUACCAAUUCAUGGAUCUGAGGGGAACUCAAGGUGGUGUCGUAAUGUCACUGGUCAUAGCUGCGUAUCUCGCCUUCCAGCACUUCACUAGGGUGGGCGGCCCAGGCAAAGCCUUCGAGCAAGGAUCCAUUGUUGCGACCUUGGCCAUCAUUUGCAUCAUGAUUGUGCCCUUGAUGUUGCUAUUCUGAUUUGCAAUGAGUUGGAAUGAAUUUGCUUCUCAUUAUGUGCGUAUAUAAGGACAAAUAAAUUUAACCUUGUAAUACAGCAUUCGAGUUCU